AUGCGCACACCAUGUAAUUUCUGUAUUCAACACCCCAUCGGCAAACUUUCUUUCUCCCGGCUCAAAAUGAGUUUAUCCAAUGCACGACCUCUUUCUGCACCAUUGGGGGAUCCUCCGAGCUUGAUCGACUAUCAGGACGAAUGUCUACCGAGAAAGAUGGAAUCAAUUCAUUCUGUGAUUGGCAACAGUGAUGAUCGAACUAAUAAUCGAUUAAUCCAAUUCAUAAGGAGCAAGACAGUGAAGCAAUUGCGUCUAUCAGAGGCGUUGAUAGUACUUGAAACCACAAGUAUUUAUGAAGCCCGCUGUCAGAUGGCUGCUCAAAGAGUUGAUGUUCUUAUACUGACUAACUCAGAUGCGUUGCUCACUGGUGUAUUAACGAACAAGGAUUUUGCCACAAGGGUUAUUGCUCAUGAGAUUGAUUUGGUGAACACACCUGUGUCAAAGGUGAUGACAGAGAACCCAAUUUUCGUUUUGUCUGAUACCCUUGUAGAGGAAGCCCUGAAUUACAUGGUGAAAGAACGAUUUAGACAGUUACCUGUUGUAGAGAAUGGCAAGGUUAUUGGUUUACUUCAGCUGCUUUUAUCUUUAUUUGAUGAAACCGAAGAUAUGGAAACGGCAGCUGAAAAUUACGACAACGCUGUAGAAGCUGCGCAUGCAGUGCAAAGAGUAACACAGAGGGCUUUAACGGUGGAGGAAUUGCCUCGAGACAGUGCCAUGAUUAUACCUGAAACCAAAACAAUAUACGAAGCCUGCUGUAAGAUGGUUGCUGAUGAAAGUGAUGCUGUGGUACUCACUGGCUCAAAUGUGAUAUUCAGUGGGAUAUUGACGAAAAAGGAUAUUGUAUCAAGAAUCAUUCCUUGUGGGAUCGAUAUUGUAAACACACCUGUGUCACAGGUGAUGACAAAGAAGCCAAUUUUUGUGUCCUAUGAUACUCUUCCCACGGAAGUCCUGCCAAAGAUUGUAUUGCAAGGACAAGGGACACAUUUGCUUGUUCGAGAGAACAAUGAAGAUGGUGGUUUUAUUUACCAUUCACUGAGUUUAAAGGGAGAUGGUCCUGGUCUUACACCUUUUGUACAUGUAUCCAAUUCACCAUAUCCCAAUGGUGAUCCUUAUGAUAAAUUUGUCGCCCCUACAAUUGUGCCACGUCACAUUAAGCAAUCAAGUGAACCACUUUCAAGUGUUAAUGGAAACGACAAGUGGAAUGAAACUCAUGGUCCUAGUCUUACACCUUUUGUGCGUAUGAGCAAUUCAUCAUAUGCACACCAUUCUUCUCAUAAUUUAGUGGCCCCACUUCCACAACAUACAGAUGUACGUCCCCAGGAGAUAUCAAGUAGACCAUUUCUAGGUGUUAAUGGUAGCGACGAGAGGGAUGAGAAUCAUGGUCCGGGUUUUACACCUUUUAUGCAUGUGACUAAUUCCACAUAUCCUAAUUAUUCCACACAUCCCAAUAAUUCUAAGGUGACUAUAGCUCCAAAUCUAAACAAUCUUAUUGUUGAUUUAGUCCCCCCUCAACAACAUACAUAUUUAGGUUCACCUCAUGAAUCAAGUAAUCUAGUUCUAGUUGUGAAUGGCAACCGUGAUGAUCACACAAACAAAAAAUCAUCCACUAAUAUUCGGGUUUCAAUAGAAAGGAAGACAGUCGAGCAAAUGGGUAUAUCAGAGGCCUUGAUAUUACCUCAAACCACAACUAUUUAUGAAGCUUGUUGUGCAAUGGCUCUUCAUAGAGCUGAUGUUCUUGUAGUCACCAACUCAAAUGGGUUACUUACUGGGAUACUAACAAACAAGGAUAUUGUAAAAACAAUGAUUGCUUCUGAGAUUGAUUUGCUGAACACACCUGUCUCAAAGGUGAUGUCAAAGAACCCAACUUGUGUGAUGUCUGAUACGCUGUUUGUGGAUACCCUUAAAAGGAUGGAACAUAAAGGAUUUACACAAUUACCUGUAAUUCAGAAGAAUGGCAACGUAACAGGUUUAUUUUAUAAUACGGAGGUGUCCACAAUAACUAACUACGAGAAUGUUUUAGAAGUUGCAGCACAAGGAUCCGCUCCGAGAGGUCUAAAAAUGAAGCAGAUGCCUCUAGAGCAUGCCCUAAUGGUACCUGAAACCACAACUAUAUAUGAAGCCUGUUGUCAGAUGGCUGUUGGAAAAUUUGAGGUUGUAGUACUCACCGACUCAGAUGGAUUAUUGAUGGGUAUAUUGACAAAAAAGGAUAUUAUAGCAAGGGUCAUUCCUAGUGCAAUUGAUAUUCAAAAAACAUUUGUCUCGAAAGUGAUGAAAACAAAUGAAAUAUUCCUAUCUUGUGAUACUCUUCCUGUGGAAACCAUGCAAGAGAUUGUGAAAAGUGCAUGUUUAGAUUUGCUUGUUAUAGAGAAUAGUGAGGAUAAUGAAUUACUUUAUCUUCCGCUGGCUAGUUCUUUUCCUUAUUAAAGAUACCAUAUUCACUUUAUUAUGAAGACGAUGAUACGUAAGCUCUUGAAUCGGGUGUCUAUAACCACGAAGGUGAGUUAAUUUCCGAAGAACACAUGUCCCAUAAUAACUUAAUAUCUUACUGUAUUUUUGAGAUUUUCAUCUAUAAGAUCUGAU